GAGGCGGCGGCGUCUUGUUGGAGUGCUACUCGGCAGCCACUUCGGAAGGUGCUUCCUGACUCGAACGCGUCGGCGGCGGCGCUUGCCAGACCUAACCAGUCCCAGAACUUGGCAGCACGGGAAGUCUGCGGGGCCCCCGAUGCCUGCGCUGGCCAGAGGAUGAGCGGGCAGCGGGCGUGAGCGGUCGAACGUCCGGCGGCCCCGCGCACCUCGGUCCAGGCCCCUUCCUUCUCUGCAGGCUGCAGCUGAAGAGCAGCAUGAGCACGAGGAAGCGUCGAGGAGGGGCCGCAAGCUCCAGACCUGCCCAGAAGCGAGCUCGGGAAGCGGCCUCCACCCCCGAGGCGGCUCUGGACACGGAGCCCAUAGAGCUCGUGGAGAGUGCCGGAGAUGAGAUAGUGGACCUCACCUGCGAGUCCUUAGAGCCCGUGGUCGUCGACCUGACGCACAGCGACUCCGUUGUGGUAAGCCCUGAGCGGAGGCGGCCGCGGAGGACCGCCAGGCGGCCGCGCCAGGACCACGCUGACAGCUGCGUGGUGAGCAGCGAUGACGAGGAGCUGCCCAGGGACAGAGACGUGUAUGUGACCACACACACCCCCAGGGACGCCAGGGAAGAGACGUCUCCAGGGCUCAGGCCCUCCGGUACGAUCAGCUGUCCCAUCUGCAUGGACGGGUACUCAGAGAUUGUGCAGAACGGACGAGUCAUCGUUUCCACGGAGUGUGGCCACGUCUUCUGCAGCCAGUGCCUCCGAGACUCCCUCAAGAAUGCCAACACUUGCCCAACCUGCAGGAAGAAGAUGAGCCACAAGCGCUACCACCCUAUUUACAUAUGACGCGUGGGGAGCUGCCCGGGAGAAGGGGCAGGCAGCGACAGCCGGCGGGCCUGCCGCGAGGCGUCUGCCCGUCUCCUGAGCUCACAAAGACUAUUUCACAACCAACGCCUGACGUGUAAACUGCUUUUUUGUUUCCAACCCUCCGAGAGCCUCUCGUUACCUCCAGCUCGAUGCCGUGGAGCGGGGUCUGUGCCUCUCGGCUCCCAGGGGCCUUGGCUCCCAGGGGCCUGGGAGGAGAGAACCAGGGCUUGAGCCUCUUUCUGGAACCUGCACACUUGCCAAGACGUUUUCCCGGUUUGGACAGAUUGCCCUGCUCCCCCGGCAGUGCCCUCGAGGAGCUGACCCCGGUCGGAGCGCGAGCUGGCCCACCCCGCUCUUGCGGGCACGCUACCUCGUCCCCGGCAUCUGCCCGACGCAGUGGCCAAGCCAGGCACGGUCCCGGAGGCACCGGCCACGGGGCUCUUCCUUCCCGAGAGCCAGGUGACCGUGACUGCGGCGCCGUAGCAGUGACGUGCAGGGGUCGCUGCAGAGGGGGAGCCCCUGCAGGGCCACCCCCGCCCCCAAGGAAGAGAUGUGCAAUAACGCCCGUCCGCCUCCUGCCCGCAGCCCGGGAGAUGCAGCGCAGCCAGCGCCCUCGGGGCCACGGUGCCCGCGGCCAGUGCCUGCCCCGCCCUGCCCUGCCGCCGCCCGUUCUCAGGAACUGACCAGGCCGAGAGCCCGUCACUGGCAUGGGCCGCGCGAGGCCGACGGGCCCGGCCUGCCGUCUGGUGUGCGCUCUGACGGAACCUGCCCUGGGUUGGCCAGGUGCCCUCUGGUCCUCAGUUCCCGCGGCCCCGCACGCACGGACGCUGGAAGGCAGUGGCAGUAUUUGUGGCCUUAUCAGCCCGCGUCCACGCUGUCGCCCGUUACAGCGCCCCUGUGUCCGGGACCCUGGCCCGCGUGACCGGCUGGGCUGGCCUCGGCCCCUCGCCCGCCGCAGGCAGCCCGGAGUCCACUCUUCUGGCCUUCGGGCACUGACUGCUCCGUGGGUUCUGACGGGCAGAGGUCAGAGGCCUCCUUCCCCGGGGGGCCCAGCCAGCCCCCUCCGCAGGUGUGCAAGAGCCUUGGCUCCUCCAGGUGGCUGCACCGCCCCCCCCGCAGGGAUUCGGGGUGACUGGGGGGGCUCAUGGUGCCAGCCUGCCUCCACCUCCGCACCCCCUCAGGCCUCAAGCCAAACAGCAGCCUUUGCGCGCGAAGCACCUUCACGGGGGAGGGCCCUCUGGCUCUGCAGCAAUAACGGGCCUUCAGUCUCCCGCUGCAGGAGCAGGGAUGGGCACAGUUCACUUUAGACGGGGCUGGAGGAGUGUCCCCUUCUGUGAAAGGUUGGCUCUUCGUUCUGACUUUGUAGCUGUUCGGCUCACGUCCUGGGAGCUGGAGUGGGAGGAGUGGGGGCAGGGUCUGGGUGUCGCCAGCUCCAUGCCGGGCGCCCGCCCUCCCACUGACCACCUUCCUCCUGGGCUUCGUGGGAACGCUCUUUUGUUAUAUUCUAACAAUACCCAGACUUCAGGAGCCAGGAUGACCACGCAGCCAAAAUCUCUUAUUUUAUGUUUAAGGACAAAUGAUUUAUCAUGAAAGUUGUAUUUCUUCAUACUAUAUUAAAUUGGGGGAAAGAUGUGUGGUUUCUCCUAUUCAGAAACUGCAAAAUAGGAAAGGCUGAAAUGAAAAACCCUCCUCCCCCUCAGUGUACAUAUUCCAACUCUUUCUUUGUUACGUUUAAACUCUGUCCAUGACGUCAGUCUGUUGUGGACCCUCUGCUAGUGUUACAGAUGAAAAUAAAACCAGUAAU